AUGGCCAACACUAUCCCCAUUAAUGAGAAAUCCCAAGAAGAUGAAGCCAGUUCUAGUGACCCAAAAAUUACCCCAGUUGUUCCUAUAAGCAUGGUUUCCCCAUUGCAAGAGUUACAAGAUACCCCUACUAUAGAAUCAAACCCUGAGCCCAAUCCUGAAGCAUCUCCUACCCAAACUGAGGAGGGUGAGGGUAGCUCUCCCCCAAAGAAAUCCAAAAGGAAGAGGGGUUUGAGGAAGGUGGUAACUGAUGUGUUAGAGGGAUCAGAGGAGGAAACACCAAAGAAAAGGGAUAUGAAAAAAAAGACCCGUCCCAAAAAGAAGGCAAAGUCUACCUCCGUUGCAGAGGAAACCUUGGCCCCAAAGGCAAGAAAGUCAACUCCCAAGAAGAGAAAAUCAAAUAAAGAUGGUGAGGAAAUGUCUUCCGCAGAGGAAGCACUCAUACAUCAGACCCCUCCAGUAAAUGAUAAGGAGGAAGUUGCAGAGAAUCCAAUUGAGGUGGCAGAGAAGGAAGGAGAAAUACCAAAGAGAAAGGAGGUAAAGAAGAAGACCCCUCCCAAAAAUAAGGUUGAGUCUACCUCCAUUGCAGAAGAAACCCCAUAG